UAUGUACAGCGCCAUCUUUCGGACACAGGUUGUUGCGAAUGAUUUGUUUACAUUUUUACUCGCACGAAAAUAUGGUAUUUUUUGGACAUUUAAUGAAUGAAAACUAACUUGGACAUUUGUUUGCACUUGAUAAUCAUUGGAUAUGUUUUUGUGAUUGACAUGGAAUAAAUUUUGGAAAGUUUAACCAUAAAACAGACUAUUGAUUUGAAUUGAAUCGGAUAACCGACGGAUCGAUGAUUUGAUUUGAAUAUGAUUGUGAACAUUCCUUUAAACUUUGAAUGAAUAUCAAAUUACUCUUUUUUAUCUCAAUUUCCCGUCAGAGAUAACAUGUUAAUUCCAUGCUUCGAGUUGUAAUUUUAUAAAGGUUGUUUAUGUAAGCAGUGAACUACAGUAGACCUGUCUGGAGUGAAGUGGCAGGAAAAGGCAUUUCCUUGGAACAAAUAACCUUUUCCUGUUUUCUGUGUAUUUUAUAUUGUAUACUUUAAAAAUGUCUAUCUCGCUGUGAAAUGAAAUAUGGUGUUUUAUCAUCUAUUUCGACACCCAGUCCUUUCAUUACAAGUAAAAUCAAUCUGAGGAAUGGCAUCCCCUGCAAAGUCACCAGAUGAAGAAGGAUCAAAGUCAUGGAUGGAAUGGAGACAACAACUACAAGCAUAUGUUGCUUGGGUAAACUCUCAGCUGAAAAAGAAGCCUGGUGUUCGCCUGAUUGAAGAUCUACGCAAUGAUAUGAAAGACGGAGUAGCUAUGAUAGAGCUUAUUGAAAUAGUUGGAGGAGAACACAUGAGUGGUGUCCAUCUUUGUCCAUCUACCUAUGGUGAAAUGAGAGAGAACAUUGAGAGAAUUCUACAUUACAUGACUACUAACAGAAUUAGAAUGCAUCACACUAAUCCAAAAGACAUUGUUGAUGGCAAUCUGAAGUCUAUUAUGAGAUUGAUACUAGCACUAGCUGCUCAUUUCAAACCACAAAGUGUCAAACAUUCCACACAAUCCAACAGUAAGAGAUCUAGUGUUACUGGUAUAGCUCAGGGAGCAUCAGCAGCUUUAGCAGAAGCUAGAAGGAAUGCUGCAAAAGCUGGUAAUAGUUUCAGAAGAAAUAGAUCAUCUCAUAAUUAUAGUGACAGAAGGCGAACAUACCAUGAGGGAAGUAGCUCAGAGCACUUGAGUGACUCAGAUCAAAGCUUUAACUGUGAUAGGACUAGAGUUUUCAGUCGUGAUGAUGGUGAUGGGGCCAGUGCUGACAAAAGUCCACAGUCUUCUUCAAGAUUUAGUCCUGGCAUAACUGAUACAUCUAGUCCAAAAGAAAGUCGCCUCUCUAAAAGUAAAUCUUCUGACCAGGUCUAUGCCAAAGACAGUGGUACAGAGUUAGAAGACAGCGGGAGUAACACUGUAGACAGAGCUCAAUACGAAGAUCUGUUACAGGAGUAUAUGGAGCUCUCUGAUGCCAUGUCUAAUACAAGACGAGAACUCCUAAAAUUACAAGAUUUGUUACUGUGUGGUGAACCACCAGAUGGUGCUGAAGAUAGUCCUAAACAGAUUAUUUCUGGUUCUUCUCCUGCUGAACAAAUGGUUAUACUUGAAAGUCAAUUGAUACAGACACAGGAAGUGUGUUCAGACUUGCGUGAAGAUUUGUCUCGAACGAAGAAUGACUGCAUGCAUUUACAGGGUAAAAAGUCUGGUCUACAACAAAGAAUGGCAGACCAGGAGGAACAGCUGUCUCAAUUAAGAGCGGAACUUCUACGCAGAGAUUUUGAAAAUCAGUCUUUAGAAUCUGAAAAGGGUGAAUUAAAGAUGAAGGUUUAUGAUAGAGAUAAAACAAUAUCAGAUUUAAGAAAAGAGAUUAUAAGAAGAGACCAAAAAGUUGACCAAUUGCAAAACAAUAUCCAGCUUACAAUCCAAGAAAAAGAAUCUGUAACACGAGCAUUAAAACAGCAGAUAUCUGACCUGCAUGAGAGGUUACGUUUGGUUGGAGAACGUGGGGCCACAUUGUCUGCAAGAGUAGCAUCUCAAGACAAAAGAAUGGCCAAGUUAGAAGGAAAAAUUUUACAGACAGGCGAUCCCCAUCAAAGGGAGGCCACUCCUGGAGGAAAUUCAGGAGAAGAUCUUCAUGUUGUUCGUGAUGCAAUACACAGUUUACGACUGAAUUUCAAAACCUCAGAUCCUCAACAACAUAAAUUAGACUCUGUUGAACACUUUGUUUGUUCAUUAUUAGAUAAAAUACAACAACCUAAUAAUUUAUCUACUGUUUCCAAUGGCCAAAAUACAUAUGAACAUGUCACCUCUAGACGUUUAAAUUUUGAUUCGACUGGAGAUGUCAGACGUUCACCAAUCACCUCUAUACCAGGUAGUAAUCCAAGUUUUUCUGCAAAUCAAUUAGACAAUCCAUCAUCAAGAACCAAACAGUUAAAUCCUCAGCCCACGACAAAAGUGCUAUAUUUUACUGAUAGAACAGUUAAUCCUAGUAUGUGUACCAUUCAUAAAAGAUUAGGAGAAAUAACGUUGAAAGACUUCAAAGAUCAUAUAAGUGUGAAAGGAAAUUAUAGAUACUCAUUUAAAGCAUUAGAUCCGGAGUUUGGAACAGUAAAGGAAGAGGUAAUGAGUGAUGAUGAUAAAGUACCAGGAUGGGAAGGACAGAUAGUAGCCUGGGUUGAAGAAGAUACAGGAUGAAUAAACACUACAGGAAUGUCAAAUACUCCUCGUUAUAGUGCUGAAAUCUUCCUUGCCAGGAUUGGCCUUACUGCUCACGUGCCAAGUUGGCUAAAUGGCCGUUAGUGGCCAAGUUAUCUAUUGUGGCUUUAAGUGGUCUAUGUGCAAUGUUACUCAGCAGAGAUCUGAAAUCAACACUUUAUUUUGCAAUCUUUGUAUCAUCUCUAUAUGUCAUGUGAUAUUGGAUGAUGAUUUUUCAUUGGGCAUAAAAAGUUAUGAAUUAUUUAUCAUUAAAGCGUUGUCUCAGAGCUUAAGUGAAGGCUUCCAUGUAUUUAGCAAAGAUUUCUUUUGAUGUCUGAAAGUGGUAAGAGAUACUGAUAGUUUUUGAAUAAAAUUAUAUGUGCAUGAGUGAUUUGAAAUGACAUUUAUAAUUUGGGUUAAGAAAAUAAAUCCUUAUAUAUAUAAUUUCUAUAUAUAGGUAAUGUGUUUUAAUGAGAGAGUAGUGUUAGAUUUUUUUCAAUACAAAAGUACAUUUGAUUUACUUCUACAAUUUUUACACGUAUAAAUUGUUAAUCUCAGACAAAAGGACUUUCUGCAAAUCUUAAUAUUAUUCAAAAGUUGAAUGUACACACACACACAUAUAUAUAUAUAUAUCUGGUAAUUUUAUUUGAACUUGUAAUUGUCAUUUGUACAGAAAGAAUCUGUCUUCAAGCUUAAAAUUGAAGGUGUAAUACCACCAUUGAUUUUCCCCUAUUAGUCUUUGUUAAAUUUGCACUUUUCAAAAAAUUGUGCAGAAUUUAUCUUUGUUUCAAAUAAAGAAAUACUUGGCAUGAGUAAAGUUUUAUCCUGUCCAGUACUAUAGAAAAAAAUUCACAUAACAUUUCAUUGCAUAUAAGAAAAUAACCAUCACUGGAAGUUAACCAAUCAAAUUUUCCCCCUUUCUUAACCUGUGUACAAGCUUUAGUAACCAUGUAACCUCAAGUUUCCAAAAUAUUCUAUAGAAACCCCAAAUAAAAAAAUAAUGGUGCUUUGAAAUACCCAAGAUAUAUGUUUAUGACCCAGAAAUGUUUUACUGCAAUGAAAUGUAGGAUCAAUUACCUACAACUGUCAAAUUCAAGGGAAUAUUUUUUUUCGACCUAUUUUCGUAUGCAACCGGAUGUGACGUACUAUGAUUUGGUGGUAUUACACCUAAAGAAGACUUUUUUGUUAAAUAAACUGAAUGUGACUUUUUUCCUUUGUAAUACUGGUUAUUUCAAGCAUUCCUGUCAAGUUUUGUCAUAAUCAGUUCAAUAGUUUGAGAAAAAUCUAGUAUAAUGUAAGACGACAUCUACAGCGAUUCGAGCAAAAUUUCUUCGAAAAAUCCAAACCAAGCCGCAUCAUGAUAGAAUAUAGUGUGGACCAAUAAAUGAUCAAAUAUUUAUCUCAUCUGCCUACAAACAGUUGAAUAUGAUACAAAAGAUGACUUUAGGAUGAUAAAUACUACUAAUGGACUUCUUUGUCUUCCUUAUAAGGUCUCUUUUGGUCCAUUUAUACCUCUAAUUUCCUCAAAAUUUCUACUUUUUAGGCCAAUAAAUAAAAAUUUUGGGGUAACUUUCACUCAUUUAUGAUAGAAAUGUUAUAAUAAAUGAUUAAUUGAAGUAUUCAAGCUGAACGAACUAUCCGUAUAAAAGUUUACUGUCUCCAAGGAGGUUUCAAUAAGUCCUUACGUAAAACUUAAAUUUAUGCCGCGUUCCAGAGAGGGACAUAAAAAGCUUCUCUUUUGGUGAAUAAUUUGUUGUUACUGCUUUUAAAAUAAUUUCAUUUACUUAAAACUAUAUAUUUAUUAAAGUAUUUCUUAGGAAAAAUUUUCUGGUAUGGCAGAAUAUAAGAAAUAAGGAGAAAAAACUCCCCAAUACUCUAAGUAUGGCUUGUUCUGUAAACUAAUAUUCAUGGUAAAGUCCUAUUUCAAGGAAAUUUUCUCAUAAAAUGUGUUUUGGAGACUCAAUCCACUCAGAAUAUUUCAUUAUUUGUAAUAUUUCACUUAAAUAGCAAGAAAUUUUAACACAUGAGAGUACUCACAAGGUCAAAGGUGCAUGUACAGCUUCCCAUAUUAGGUGUAAUACCACCAUUGAUUUUCCCCUAUUAGUCUUUGUUAAAUUUGCACUUUUCAAAAAAUUGUGCAGAAUUUAUCUUUGUUUCAAAUAAAGAAAUACUUGGCAUGAGUAAAGUUUUAUCCUGUCCAGUACUAUAGAAAAAAAUUCACAUAACAUUUCAUUGCAUAUAAGAAAAUAACCAUCACUGGAAGUUAACCAAUCAAAUUUUCCCCCUUUCUUAACCUGUGUACAAGCUUUAGUAACCAUGUAACCUCAAGUUUCCAAAAUAUUCUAUAGAAACCCCAAAUAAAAAAAUAAUGGUGCUUUGAAAUACCCAAGAUAUAUGUUUAUGACCCAGAAAUGUUUUACUGCAAUGAAAUGUAGGAUCAAUUACCUACAACUGUCAAAUUCAAGGGAAUAUUUUUUUUCGACCUAUUUUCGUAUGCAACCGGAUGUGACGUACUAUGAUUUGGUGGUAUUACACCUGAAGGUUAUGACAGCUUAGGAAUGAUCUGAUUACUUAAAUGAAGAAGAUUUUUGUUUAGUUUUUUACAAAGAGCAAAGAUCUGAUAGAAAGUUGAAUCUCUAAAACAGUUAUAAUGAUAUAAUAUAUGGGCUUACAUUAGAUAACAUAUAUUCUAUAAGGGUCCAGAAUGUCUAGGUAUUUUAAAGAUGUUUGUUAAUUUGAAUGUAAAACUACGCAUAGUAUCAAAGUUUAAGAAUUUUGAAAAUUUCAAGAUUCAUCUAAUCUUAUUUUCAGAAUUCAGUGACUUUCACAACGUUCUCUAAAAAUGAAAGUCACAAAUUUUUAUAUUUGUAUUAUAAUAGUAUGGCAUAUGUUUAGAUUAAACUGUAUACCAUCCAUGUAUGAUUAUUCGCUAUACCAAAGUUUUCUUAUUUAAAAGGACACAGCUGUUUUUGACUAAAGAGAUAUGAUCUACUCACAUUUUGAAAUAACUAAAUAUUCACUAAACUAUUAGAGGCUUCAACCAUGCAAAUAAAAAAAAAAACAACAACAUAGGUAUAAUGCAAAAUUAUUUAAUAAAAAAAUCAACAAAAAACUUUCAAAGUAACUUUUCUAGUUUGUUGACUUUACUGAUUGAAUUAAACAGAUAUGUUUUGGUACCUAGUUGAAGGAAAUCAAUAAUAUAGUAUUUUUAUUUAGUGAAAUGAAACACCUUUAUGUCUAUUUUUGAAAUUUUAGUCAUUUAACUGAGCUUCAACAGCAAAGAGGGGGCCAAGCUUAGACAUAAUAUUAUUAUCUACACAUUAAUUCAGGAAUAGUUUUCCACUGUUUUGAAUUUCUACAAGUGUUGUAAAAAUCAAUGCAGAAGUGUUAUUUGAUCUAAUUUUGCAAAGCUAUCAUUCAUUUUCAGUCAUAAAAUAAUAUUUUAAAAAUGCCUUUUUAUGGUAGAUCGUAUCUCUUUAAACUUUUCUAUGACAUUAAUGAAUUAAUUCUGUUGUGACAAAAUACAUCAGGAAUUCUUCAUAUUAUUGUACUGGUCAUAAGAAUAUCUACAAAUUUGGCCUAUUGACCAAGUCCAGAAUGUGAUACUUGAGCAGGAAUCAAACUUCUGUGUUUUUAUAUUUUUCUUGCCUUCUCUCCUUUUCAAUGUUAUUAUUUUUUUAUUUUUUUUUGUAUUUGUUGAUUCAACGAAUCUGCAAUUUAUUUAUUAUUUAUGGACACAAACUUCAAAUUAUUUAUGGACACAAACUUCAAAUGGCAUAUUGAAUAAAUGACUUCAUUUUAUAUCAAAGAAUGAAUGCUUUGGAUAAAACAAUUUGUUUUAAUGUUCUGUUAUGAAGGUUUUUAUUAUUGAAUGUUUUUGCCUGUAUAAUUUUUUUUAACUCAGGGCGUACUACAUUCCUAAUGCAUGUAUUAUUUGUUUCAGUUACAAUAAAACUUUCAAAGCUGG